UCUCCGCAGUAUUGCUUCGUCCACACCGAUCGUCGGUCGAACCAUGCUGCUCUUUCAGUUGAGCACCAACCUUUCCAAAUCUGAUUUCCCCGCACAUUUCCACGAAGACUUAACGAAGAUGCUGGGACAGUUGCUGCAAAAGAAUCCCAACCACAUCUCGGUGAGCAUCAGCACCGAUCAAUUCCUAACGUGCGGAGGCACUGCGGAAACCUGCGCGUUCGGCAGCUUGGCGUCCACCGGCAACUUUGUUAGCAAGUUCACGCUGUUCCUCAGCGAUUACCCAGCGAGCGAAGUUGGAUUCCACGGCAUGGCGAGGGAUAGCUUUAGGCAGAGGUCGCAGACAGCACCCGCUGCCUAAGUGGUCCCAAAGCGUUCCUGUCAUUUCCUUCUCAUAGACUUUGUCCGGCUCAAUUACCCCAUUUCGCCUAUCCGGCUA